AUGGUCUGCAAUCUAGUUCCCCAGAACUGCCCACGGACAUACGAGCUGAUGUCCUUUGAUCCUGAUGGCGACAAAGUUCGAUGCAGAUAUGGAAAUAUCAGAAAUGUAGAGUGUGGCUCGUGUCACCAACCUUCAGGCUUCACCUUAGAUCAGGGCUCUUGCACAUUACACUACCGACGAUCCACUGCCAACCCCAGAGUUUAUGCAUUUGAGUUGGUGGUGGAGGACUUCCCGCGAAGGCACAUCACUCUGGGCUACACUGAUGGAUCCCGAUCCUCCAGGACUCCUCUGGUUGUGAGGAUGGACACACCUGCUCCCUCGUGUGAGGAAGGACUCUACUUGCCAGAGUUUUUGCCCCCAACACCUUUAAACGGAGCCCGCCUCCAUGCAGAGGUCAACAGAGAAGUGGAGAUCAGAGUCAGAGCACGAGCAUCACACGCAACAAUACAGGAUAUCGUCAUCAGCGGCCCACUGAACAUCACCAAGCAAAGGAACACACAUGGGGAGUUUGUCAUCAGGUGGACGCCUAUCCAAGAUGACCUGGGGGAUUUUUUUCCGAUCUGCUUUGCUGUUGAAGCGGUGACCUGGCGUGCUGGAACCGCUACCACACACCAUCACAGUCACAAUCACCACGCCACCCCAUCUCCACAGUCUGGCGUCUAUCAGUCUGAGAUGAGGUGUGUUUUGGUAGAAGUUCGGAGGGUGCAAGUUAAUUCCCAUGUGAUCUGCACCGAGUCCACAAUGAGAGUAGAGGUUGAGAAAUCUUCAUUCGCUGGACUCCAUGAGGAUCAUUUGCGGCUCAACGACGGUGCCAACACCGCCUGCAGGCUGCACUCCAACAGCACUUACGUCUUCGCCGACAUCCCCCUCAGCGGUUGUGGCACUGAGAUCGAGGAAGACGGGAAUAACCUCAGGUUCAAGAAUGAAAUCACCACGUUUGACAACAGAGCCGACGUGAUCACCAGGAAACACCUGCUGGAGGUGCAGUUCUACUGCCAGUACCCCAAACGUGGAAACGCGACACUGGCCUUCACAGCACACAGGCCCAUCGUCUCAGUGUGGGACAGGAGCUUCGGCAGGUUCACCUACCAGUUUGAGUUCUAUCCUAACGACCAAUACCAAGCCAUGAUUGAUCCAACUUCAUACCCGGUGGUGUAUGAAAUAGGGAGCAGGGUCUACAUGCAGAUAGAGGCCACCUCCUCCGUCAACAACACCGUGCUGUUUGUGGAGUCCUGCAGAGCUUCACCAUAUGACAACCAGAACUCCCAGCGGACCUACUCCAUCAUUGAGAAUGGGUGUAAUGUGGACCCGACCGUUCAGAUCCAUUCCCCCUCCCACCCGAGACAAUUCAGGUUCAGCAUGAAGACCUUCAAGUUCAUCGGUAUGCAUGAUCAGGUGUACAUCAGCUGCACAGUCCUGAUGUGUGAAGCAGGGGAACCCAACACCAGGUUCUCUGAGGGAUGCAUCAGCUCCACAACGCCAGCCACUUCGCCUCAUAACCACCACCGCAGAAAGAGAGAGGUUGCCGUGGAGAGUGCGAGGCACUUCGUUUCCCAGGGUCCCCUGCGCUUAAAGAGAUCAGCGGAGAGCAACGAAAGCUCCGCGCUCCACCUGAAUCUGAACCUGGUGUUCAUCGCUGGAUGUCUUCUCGCAGCUGUUGGCAUGAUCAGUGCCGUGGUCCUGUACAAGGCCAGGGUGUCAAAGGUCAAAUACCAACCUUUGUCCACAGUGGAAAGUUAA